AUGGAAAAAUCUAUGUGUUUAUUUCUGGUGCUUGCUAUUUCUGCAUGCUUUUGCAAGGCAGAUCAAUUUACAGAUGAUCUAUAUGAUCUUGGAAAUCUAGAUUUAAAAAAUGAAAGCUUAAAUGAGCAAUCUGUUCAAGAUGAAAUCGCAAAUUCUACUUUAUCAGAAAAAGAAUUUUCUUCCGAAAAACAGGAAGAUUUUGAAGCCACUGAUGGAGAAAUUGAGCAAGAACAGCCAGAUUAUGAGACUGAGGAUAAAGAGGAAAGCAGUAAUCCAAAAGAAGACAGCUCACAUUUUGAAAAUCCAGAACAUAAAUCCAGUGAAGAUAUCACUGGAACCUCAGAAAAUGGAACAGGACACCUUAUAUCACCUCAAAAUUAUGAGGCUAAAGAACAGGAUUCAGACGAUGGCUUAGAUUUUGAUGAAAUUUUUGAUUUUGGGGUAGGGAAAACCAAUAAUGAAGAGGAUUAUAGUGACUAUAAAGAUGAUAAAGAUGAUAAAGAAAUGGAGGAAAUUCUUGAGGACUAUAAGGCAGAUGAUGGAAGAACUGAUGAUCCUGAAGGAGACCAAGAAGAGGAAAAUGGUGAGGAGACCAAAAAAGAAGAGAGUGAAAAUACUGAGAAAGAUGGGCCAAAAGAGGAAGGCAAAAAUAGAGAAGAUAUCGAAAAAGAUAUGAAUGAUGGCAGCAAAUCAGGAGAAAGCGCAAAAGAUACUGAUAUAGAAGUGGAAAUAGAAGUUGAGGAAGACACAAAUGCAGGGGAAAGUCUAGAUCCAGAACAAAAAACUGAGGAAAGUGAGCAUAAAUAUGGUGAAGAAGAGACAAAUACUAAAGCAGACCCAGAUCCAAAAGACAAAAAUGAGGAGAGUGAACAUAAAUCUGAUGAAGAAGAGAUAAGUAUUAAUGAAAGUCUAGAUCCAAAAGCCAAAACUGAGGAAAGUGAACACAAAGCUGAUGAAGAAGAAAAAAAUUCAGAGGAAGAUGCAGAUACAAACGAGGAAGAAAAGAAUAAAAGCGACUCAGAAAGCAAUGAUGAAGAAACGCUGAAGCCUGAGCCAAACCCAGAAAAUUCUGACUUUGAUGAAGCAAAAGAGAGCUCUUUCUCACCCCCACCUCCUGCUGAGUCUUCUGACAAAGACAGCAAGAAGUCCAAUGACGGCAGUCCAAGUUCUCCAAAAUUCCCAAAAGAAGGUGAAGAGAUCCUCAAAACUGUUGACACAAACACUUUUUCCUCAACCGAGGAGCAAAUUUCCAACAUCAUUUCCGUGAUCGUCAUUUUCGGGGUUUUUCUUUCUCUCUUCACAAUUUACUAUGUUUUCAUCCGUCGCAAAAAGCCAAAGCAGUACUAUAUGCGUGAGCUGAGGACUUUUGCUACCAACAGUAAAAAUUACACUAAAGUUUAA